AUGCCUUGCCGCAGCCGCGAGGAGGAGGAGGGGGUCGACGACAUGGAAGAGGAAGAGGAGGAGGAGGAGGAAGAGAGGGGCGGGAAGAGAUCGCGAGCCGGGGGCCGCGGGAAGCGGUCGCGCGGCGUAGAGAGCUUCAUCGACGACGCGGCCAGCGAGGACGAGGACUCGGACGAUGAUGACGACGAUGAUGGGGGCGGCGGCCGUGGGCGUGCCUCCAAGAGGAGGCGGUCGUCGAUCCUGAUCGACGACAUGGCCCAGGUCGACGACGACGACGACAUCGACGACGAUAGUUCGGAUGUCGAGCCCGGCUUUAUUGACGAUACUGAUGCUGGGGUUGAAAUUCGUCACAAUGAUGUGGUAAGGAGGUCUAUUCCUCAUUCUAGCUCUAUGUUGGAAGACGAUGAGGAUAUGCAAGAGAUUGUGAGGCGACUACAAAACAGAUAUAAAGAAGCAUCCCAUUUUGAUUAUGACGAGGAAGUUACCGAGGUUGAACAGCAGGCUCUCUUACCAUCAGUGAAGGACCCAAAGCUUUGGAUGGUGAAAUGUGUGAUCGGACAUGAGCGGGAAACAGCGGUUUGUCUAAUGCAAAAGUUCAUUGAUAGGCCAGAUCUCCAGAUAAAAUCUGUUGUUGCACUAGAACACCUAAAGAAUUUCAUUUACAUUGAAGCAGAGAAAGAAGCCCAUGUCAAAGAGGCUUGCAAAGGUUUGCGGAACAUCAUUGCUUCAACAAAACCAACUUUAGUUCCUAUAAGAGAAAUGGCUGAUGUCCUUUCUAUUGAGAGCAAAUCUGUUGACCUUUCAAGGGACUCAUGGGUUCGGGUGAAGCUUGGUAUGUAUAAAGGUGAUCUUGCUAAGGUUGUUGAUGUUGACAAUGUGGGCCGAAAGGUUACUGUUAAGCUCAUUCCUAGAAUUGAUUUACAAGUGCUGGCAAAUAAACUGGAUGGGCAAGAGGUCCCGAAGAAGUCAUUCAUUCCACCACCAAGGUUCUUUAGUGUCGAUGAGGCGAGGGAGUUGCACAUCCGUGUUGACAGAAGGAGGAAUAGAGAUUCUGGGGAAUACUUUGAUGUUGUCGGUAGUUUGCUGUUUAAAGAUGGUUUCUUGCACAAAACAUUCUCUAUAAAAUCGAUCAGCACGGAAAAUAUUAAGCCAACAUUUGAUGAAUUAGAGAAAUUCAAAAAACCUGGUGAUGACCUCAAUGAGGAUGUGGCUAGCUUGUCCACUCUGUUUACAAACAGAAAAAAGGGCCACUUCAUGAAAGGUGAUGCUGUAAUUGUAAUUAAGGGUGACCUCAAGAACUUAAAAGGCUCUGUUGAGAAGGUGGAGGAUAGUACUGUGCACAUUCAACCAAAACUAGCUGGGCUUCCGAGAACACUUGCCUUCAGUGAGACGAAUCUCUGUAAAUAUUUCAAUCCUGGAGACCAUGUAAAAGUCAUAUCUGGAGUUCAAGAGGGUGCGAUAGGCAUGGUUGUUAAAGUGGAAGGGCAUGUUUUGAUCAUUUUAUCAGACACUACCAAAGAACAUAUCCGUGUGUUUGCAGACCAUGUUGUGGAGAGUUCUGAGGUCACCACAGGGGUUACCAGGAUUGGUGAUUAUGAAUUGCACGACCUUGUUCUUCUUAACAAUUCAUCGUUUGGGAUUAUUAUACGGUUGGAGAGUGAAGCAUUUCAGGUUCUGAAAGGUGUGCCUGAUAAACCUGAAUUGGUCCUUGUAAAACUGAGAGAAAUAAAAUGUAAGAUUGAUCGACGCACAUCGGCAAAAGAUCGGUACAAUAACAUUGUGUCAACUAAGGAUGUUGUGAGGGUUGCUGAAGGAGCAUGUAAGGGAAAGCAAGGUCCUGUGGAACAUAUACACAGAGGCAUACUUUUUAUCUAUGAUUGCCACUACCUUGAGCAUUCAGGAUUUAUCUGUGCAAAAGCACAAUCAUGUUUCCUUGUUGGGGGGUCAACUGGCAGCCACCGUGGGAAUGCCAUGGAUAAAGCAGAUCCACAUUUUCAUGCUUUUGGCUCUCAAGCAAGGAUUUUGCAGUCUCCAGGGAGGCUGCCCCCAAGAGGACCUCACAUGAAUUCUGGUGGAAGGUUUGGAGGGAGAGACAGUGGUGGCAGAGGGAAUGAUACCCUGGUGAACAGAUGUAUCAAAAUUAGAUCUGGGCCAUAUAAGGGAUAUCGUGGCCGUGUUACAGAAUUAACUGGUGUGCUUGUGCGUGUAGAGCUUGAAUCGCUAAUGAAAAUUGUCACAGUUAAGAGGGAGGAUAUCGGCGACACAGCUGCUGUUGCAGCACCAUUUCGUGAAACUUGUUAUUCAAGGGGUGUUGAAACACCUGUGCAUCCAUCUCGAACGCCACUACAUCCUAUUCAGACUCCGAUGCGGAAUCCUGGAGCGACCCCAGUUCGAGAUGUAAUGAGAACUCCUAUGCCUAGUCGAGCCUGGGUGCCAUUGAGUCCUCACAGGGACAACCGGGAAGAUGGAGAUUCCACUUGGGCAAGCAGUCCAGCCUACCAGCCAGGAACUCCACGACCUCGACCAUACGAAGCUCCCACUCCUGGGUCAGGGUGGGCAAGUUGGGGUGAUGCGUCGGUGAACACCCCAAGCACGAAUGUUCCCUCAACACCUAUUGGUCAACCGAUGACCCCGGAUCCUGCCUCCUAUUUGGUUGGUACUCCUAGUGGCCAGCCGAUGACUCCAGGCUAUGGUGGAAUGGAACUAAUGUCUCCCGUAAUAGGUGGCGAGGCUGAGGGAAGCUGGCUACUGCCAGAUGUUUUGGUGAACGUCUCCAGGGGAGGUGAUGAGGUCAGCAACGCUGUGGUGAAGGAAGUGCUCCUGGAUGGAUCAUGUCGUGUAUCCCUUGGGCCAUUGGGUGAGGGAGAUGAACUGAUCAUCACUGCAAACGAGCUAGAGGUGGUCAGGCCGAAGAAAAACGAGAAGCUAAAGAUAAUGAAUGGCUCCUUGCGCGGAGCCACGGGAAAGCUCAUUGGACUUGAUGGGUCUGAUGGCAUCGUGAAGGUGGAAGAUCAUACUGUAACUGCUAUUGGAUUUGUUACUUUUGCGAGCAACUUCAAUAUGUCAAUCAUAGAAUCAGACUCGUUACAACAGAAACCACUGACUCUGAAAAAGAAAAGGACAACAGUGUCAAAAACUGUCUUUGCUUCCUUCUCCAAGUGUGAUAAAAAUAAGGGAGACAUUAACGUCCGGACGCUUGCGCCGGCUGUCCACCCGUUUUUAAUAAUGAUACUCUUAGAUGUCUAUGGAUGUAGUUUCGUGCUUCGUGCCUGCUACAUGUCCGUGGAUACAGCUUCGUGCUCCGCACUUGCUGCCACGCACAUGGAUACUCAGGAAAUUUCACAGCCGUUAAGAGAAGACUAUAACAGUCGGCGCUGUACGAAAAAGAGAAUAUACGUGGAGCGCAUGUCGUCCCGACUACUAGCGCGGAGCUAUAUAGGUAGUCGGGAUGCAAUUAUGCCGCUCCUGAGGGGAUCGACCAUCACACCUCCGCAUCGAGCCGCUGCCGAUGGGGAAGGAGGAGCGAAGCUCAGCAGUCAAUCACGCCCGACGGGGAAGGAGGAGCGGAUGUUCAACACUCGCGUAAGAGGACGGAGAGAACGCGGACGGUGCCGACCUGCUCACGCCGAACGACGAGCGGACUCGGAUGGGAGCACCACCGCCGAGGUCCAAGUGCGCCGGACGGGAGCGGACGAGGAGAUUUUGGAAAGGAAGAAAGCGACCGAGGAACUUAUAAGGAAAGCUGUAGCUGUGAAGGACCAUCUAGCUCUAUUCUCUGACUUCCAUAAAUAUCAGAGAAAUGGUCUUUCAGUGUACCUAGAGUCUGGACGUGGUCAUCAACUCGCAUUACCAAUGAGGAAGUACAUCCAAAAUCUUCUUAAGGUUAACAUGGAGGAACCCUAUGGAGCAGAAUGGCCUUCAGAAGAGAAAGUUAAGCGUCGGGAGAUGGUGGUCCCAGAAGCACGAUAUAUCUUUGUGAAGCAAUAUUCUAAUGGUUUUAUUACUGAAAAUUCCAUGAAGGAAGGCACGGAGGUGGAACAUAUGCAUGCGGCAUGUAGUGAAAGCUGCUUGCUUGGUUUUGUACACUAUAGAUUUGUUGUGGAAGAGGAGCUGCCUGUUCUUUAUGUGUAUGAACUACAAAUGGAGCCUUCUGCCCAGGGUAAGGGGCUGGGGAAGUUUAUGAUGCAGUUGAUUGAACAGAUGGCUUGCAAGAACCAAAUGGGAGCUGUGAUGCUAACAGUUCAGAAAGCUAACACUCAAGCGAUGGCUUUCUAUACCAAGUUGAGAUAUGUGAUAUCUAGUACCUCACCAUCACGAGUCGAUCCUCAGAUAGGACUUGAAAAAGCUAUGAGAUUUUGUGCAAGACAUUUGACUCUGAAGCUAAGUCAAAAUUAG